AGCAUCGCGUGUGGAUUUGAUGAUCGUGUCAAUUUAUUCUCGUGCAAUUUACUCCUAAUUUUUACAAUUUUUAUAGUUUUUUCUUUUAAUUAGUCUUAUUUUUUAAAGUCAGAAUGAUUCCCGGACGUCCACCGGUAACAGAAAAUCUUCUGGCUUUAUCAUGGCACGACAGUGCCUGGAUUCCGAUGCUGAAUCCAACAAACAUAAUGGAUUAUUUUGCCGAACGAACCAAUCCAUUUUACGAUAGAACCUGUAAUAAUGAAACCAUUAAAAUGCAACGGCUUGGUCCCGAACAUUUAAAAAAUUUAACGGGAAUCGAAUAUAUUCUUCUUCAUGUUCAGGAACCUAUCUUAUACGUAAUUAGAAAGCAACAUCGACAUUCUCCAAAUCCCACUGAUGCCACCCCUUUAGCUGAUUAUUAUAUUAUUGCCGGUGUUGUUUAUCAGGCACCGGAUUUAUCGUCAGUAAUUAAUUCAAGAUUGUUGACGACAAUUCAUCAUUUACAAAGCGCUUUCGAUGAAGUUAGUUCGUGUUCGCGAUAUCAUCCCAGUAAAGGUUAUUCUUGGGAUUUUAAGAAUGGAAAAACCGUCACAACAAAGAAAGAGACGGUGGUGAGAGAAGAACCAAGUUCCUUAUUUCAAAGACAGAGAGUCGACAUGUUACUUGCUGAAUUGACCCGAAAAUUUCCGAUUCCAGUACCAAAACCAAUUCAACCCGCGGUCGAACCACCUGUUGAAGUGAAACAAGAACCGAAGACUGAAAAGAAAGAUAUGAAACCACCACCUGAGAAGAAGCCAAGGAUCAGUUAGUGACGAGUGAAAUUAUAAUUACGUGCAGCUUUAAUCAUCAAGUGUGUGAGUGAUUGUGUAAAUAUUUUUUUUCAUUUUUACAUUUUAAUUUAUUUUUACACUUUUGUAUGUGAAAAUAGUUUUCUUCCCUUUAUCACAAAAGAGGAAGAGCGAAUCAUAAAUUAUUUGCAUAGUACAUCGAGAUUUUAAUAUUAAAUUUAAAAAACAAAUUUUUUCUUCAAACUUUACUUUUCAUUAACUUGUAUAAAAUUAACUAAAUCUUUGAAUUUUAUUACAUCACAAAAAUAAAAAAUUUAAUUUAAUCAAAUUUAUUCAAAAAUGAAUAAAUUUAAUCGAUUUUAUGAGAUUAUAAUCAAAUUGUAAGUAACUAAUCUUACUUUUAUAUAAAAAUAUAAAUACUGCAUUAUUUACACUAAA